AUGCUGUGUGCGAGUUGUUCCCUUGUCAGGCUUGUUGGAGUUGAGCGUGCUCGGAUUGGCGGGAAAUGCCUGGCUCACGUUCUGGCAGACAGGCAAACUGUUGGUCAGCGCCCAGUUACCCUGGUUGGCCAUUCCAUGGGUGCACGACUCUUGGUCUACUGCCUGUGUGAACUCUAUGACAUGGGCGAACUUCACGUUGUGGACGAUGUGGUGCUACUGGGCACUCCUGUCACAACUGAGCCUUCCAAGUGGCAGAAGGCGCAGCACGGCGCAGCAAGCGCACUUAGAUUGGCCCUGGAUUUAAUCAACUAUAUAUAUAAUUUAAAUUAUCGAUGA